CAUCUCCUCUGUUCGCUUGCCAUCGUCCGCAGAGUGCAGCCUUUUUGUUUCCGGAGAAAGAAAUCGUACGGCCGAGGAGGUGGAGAUGGUGGCGGAGGUGAGCUCCUUCUCUCGAAUGGUGGAUACCUACAAGGACGAAGGAGAGGGGAAGACGGAGCUCGUCACUCUCGACUUGCUCGGUAGCUGCGGCGACAACGAUGCCGCCACUGCCGUCGCCGCAGCUGAAGUGAAUCUUGAGCUUCAGAUCCGGGCCUCUGGCGACAUAUGCCUCGCUACGUCGUCGGCGAUGCUACCCCAUCAACAGACGAAGCUCAGUCCGGCGUCUCCUCACCUCCACGACCUCAGUCUCGCGCCGUCGUGGCUCUCCGCCUCAUCCCCCAGCCGAAAGCCCCAUCCGAUCGCGACCGCCGCCGCGUACCACAGUGUCUGCACCCUGGAAAAGGUAAAAUCGGCACUGGAGAGGGAGUCGCGCCUGGCCGCUGACGGCCGAGCUCCAGUACCACUCCCAGACUCCGCCUCCCCACCCUCCCCCUCCCAGUCCUCCUCGUCCUCUGCCCCCGCCACCACCAUCACCACCAGCUCCUCCUCCGCCAAGCGGCGGCCGAACGAACCCGACGAAACAGACGGCGAGCCAGCGAUGGCGGCGGCGGCCUGCCCAGAGUGCCUCCUCUACGUGCUCAUCUGCAAGGUGGAGCCGCGGUGCCCGAGGUGUGCGGCGCACGUGCCGGUCAAUGGCACCAACAAGAAGCCCCGUAUCGACCUCAACUUCUCCUUCCAGACCGAACGCAACGAAUGAUCUCCAACCGAAUUCCUCAAAUUUUGCCACGGAUCCACGAAGAAGAGCAACAAAGGAAACCGCCUCUCUCUCCAGUAGCUCGCUUUUGCAGUUUUGCUGUAAAAUCCCACGUCAGUGUGUCAAUUGCUGCCGGAAAAUUCGCCGAUAAAUACGUACACACACCAGCUUUUGGCAUCGUUUAGCCACCAUUUCCGGGAGUGAUUAAUCCCGCCGCCCCUCGCAGGCGAUUUUUGGAUGUCCUUGCCCCUUCUCGCAGGUGCCACACUGCGUGAUUGCGGUGCAUGCAGCAUGCAGAGAGCCUCCUCCUGGUAAUAAAUUAAAUGUUUAGAAAUGAGGUAAAACAGAUAUUCCCGAGGACUACGGCUACUGCUGAAGAGAAUAAACAGUCCAUUUACAGUU